AUGAAGCUUUCUAAUCCGGGAACCGUUCCCGUGUACACAAUCUCGGGCGCAUCCUCAGCCCGGCCUCUGCCUGACUGGCUUGCGCGACGCAGAAAGAGAAGUUUGAAGGACGACGCCGAGUACCAGAACCGUGUCGAGCUUCUACAAGAUUUCGAAUUCGAGGAAGCUAGCAGCUGCAUUCGUGUCAGUGAGGAUGGUGACUGGGUCAUGAGCACCGGCACAUACAAGCCGCAGAUUCAUGUUCACAACCUACCUCAGCUGUCGCUUUCUUUUGCCCGUCACACCAACGCCCUCAACCACUCAUUUGAACUCCUGUCAUCCGAUUACUCCAAGUCUUUACACCUUCAAACCGACCGCCGGCUCGAAUUCCACACUCCCAUGGGUUGUCACUACGAAGUGCGCCUUCCUAGAUAUGGUCGAGCUCUUGUCUACGACCGACAGUCUACUGAGGCUCUUGUACCAUCCGUCGGCUUAGACGGUGAUGGUAAGGGCGAGGUUUUUCGCCUGAACCUCGAGUUGGGACGUUUCAUGAAGUCCUACCAAGUUGACGUCGGUGGCGAUGACGAAUUGACUGGUGGUGGUUUGCAAGGAGGUAUUGGGGUCGGCAGUGUCAACACAGCCGCGAUCGCGGCAAAUACUCACAAUUUGCUUGCUUUUGGAACUUCGAUAGGAACGGUUGAAUUUUGGGAUCCACGAUCAAAGUCGAGAGUUGCUAUGCUGGGCGGCCACGAAGGUGAAGUCACAGCACUUGACUUCAGCCCCUCGGGUCUUUCUAUCGUCACCGGCUCGUCAACUGGCAUGAUGCAAAUCUUUGAUCUACGACGACCUGUGCCCCUUAUGAAGAAGGACCAAGGUUACGGUUUCCCCGUACACAAGCUCAUGCACAUGACGACAGCGUCGCAGGAGAAAAAGAUUCUGUCCGCGGAUAAGCGCAUCAUCAAGCUUUGGGAUGAGCAGACUGGAGACCCUUGGACAUCCGUGGAACCUAUUGUGGAUAUCAACGACGUCGCCUGGUGCAAAAACACCGGUAUGAUCAUGACAGCCAACGAAGGCAAGCAACAGCACGCUUUCUUCGUUCCUCAGCUUGGCCCCGCGCCCAAAUGGUGCUCGUUCUUGGACAACAUGGUCGAAGAGAUGGCGGAAGAGGUGCACACCGAAACAUAUGACAACUACAAAUUCUUGACGUUGCCCGAACUGAAGCAGUUGAGCUUGUCUCACCUGGUUGGAAAGACCAACCUGCUCCGACCAUACAUGCACGGAUACUUUGUGGCUUCUAAGCUGUAUGAGCAGGCCAGAUUGAUCGCCAACCCAUAUGUCUGGGAGGAAGAGAGGACGAAGCGUAUCAAGGACAAGGUCGAGAAGGAGCGCGCGAGCAGAAUCAGAGGCACCAAGAAGGUCAAGGUCAACCAGAAGAUGGUUGACAAGCUUCUCAAGAAGCAGGAGAACCGAGAGGAGGUUGACACCAAGGUUGGUGUUCUUGGCGAUGAUCGUUUCAACAAGAUGUUCGAGGAUGAGGCCUUCCAGGUGGAUGAGAACACUGGAGAGUUCCGUGCUCUCAACCCAAGCACUAUGGUGGAACAACACACUGAUCCCAAGGCUCCAACCCGGUAUCAAGGCAAGGACUCCGAUGAUGACGACUCCGGAGAUGAUGAUAAGGACAACAAGCCGGCUGCAGCGCCCAAGAAGAAGGACAAGGAUGACGUUGUCAUGCGUGUUUCGUCAACCAGCAACCAGGGACGGGCUGUCAGGGACACAGCGCUUGGUUCAAGACAUCAGAAGUCGGGGCGAGUCAACAAAGCUCACGGCGAGAUUGUGGGCGAACGGCAAGUAUCGUUCAUCCCGGAGUCAAGGAGAAAGCAGAAGAAAAGAGAGGAGGAGCUUCCUGCCGAGCCCCGAGACAACCGAACUGGAGCUGCACGGCGAAGCGCCAGUGGUAACACGUUUAGAAGAAUUUAA